GCAAACGAACACAAAAUAUUCGCGAAAACGAGAGGGGGCAAAAGGGGAAAGGCGACGCCUCAAGGCCGCGAGAAGCGAGGGCGAAGAAAGGCCUUGAGGCAGCUCGUCGAUGGUGGUUAGGGUUUCGCAGCCUGCGUCCUCGACCCGCUGACGAAGCGACCCGGCGGCAAGAGGCUCCUUCGUCCCCCUAGGCGGCAGGGAGGCUCCCUCUAUCUCUGUGGCGGCCCCGGAAGGCGACGGAGGGAACUGCGGCGCGAUGGGGGAGCAGCGGGAGGCUUCGGCUUCGGCGGCGGCGGUAGCGCACAGCAGCAACAUGCAGCGUGUGAAAGUGUACCGUUUGAGGGAUGGAGGCAAAUGGGAUGAUCAGGGGACAGGGCACGUUGCUGUUGACUACAUCGAGGGUUCAAAAGAACCUGGUUUGACUGUUUUGGAUGAAGAAGACAACGAAACACUGCUUGUCCACAAUAUUACAUCUGAAGAUAUCUACAGAAAGCAAGAAGAAACAAUCAUCUCAUGGAGGGAUCCAGAAGCAGCAACAGAAUUAGCAUUGAGCUUUCAGGAGGCUGCAGGGUGCUCCUACAUAUGGGACAACAUCUGUGAUAUUCAGAGAAACCUUCAGUUUAGUAACCUUGGCGGUCUUGAAGUUGGUCCUCGUCCAGCUUCGGAACAUCUAGAAGCCUCUAGAGUAUUGCAUUCACAUGAUGAGUCCUUUCGCUCUGUUAACGGUGAACUGAGGGAACUUCCACCUGUUGAUUUGUCCAAUCUUCCUUUGAUUUUGAAGACUAUAUUGGAGGGUGGCAUUACAGAUCAAAUGCGUGUGGCCGAGUUGAUAACACAAGAUCGUGAUUUUUUCCCCAAGCUGCUGGAUAUUUUUAGAAUGUGUGAGGAUUUAGAGAAUUUAGAUGAUCUCCACAUGAUAUUCAAAUUAGUCAGGGGAAUCAUAUUGCUGAACAGCCCAUCGAUCUUUGAUAAGAUAUUCUCUGAUGAGUUUAUUCUUGACAUCAUAGGCGCCCUUGAAUAUGAUCCAGAGGUUGCUAAAGUGCAAAAGCAUCGCAUUUUUCUGAAGGAUCAUGUAGUUUUCAAAGAGGCCAUACCUAUUAAAAAUAUUUCUGUGGUUUCAAGGAUACAUCAAACGUACAGAAUAGGGUAUCUAAAGGAUGUUAUAUUACCCCGAAUAUUAGAUGAUGCCACUCUGGCUAGUCUUAACACGAUGAUACACACGAACAAUGCUGCUGUUAUCUCCUUACUGAAGGAUGAUGCUUGCUUUAUCCAAGACUUAUUCUCUAGGAUGAGAUCACCAAAUAUUUCUAUGGAAUCGAAAAGAGAAUUGGUCCUGUUCUUGCAUGAGUUCUGCACUCUUAGUAAGAGUUUGCCGCUUGUACAACAACUACGACUGUUUCGGGAUCUUUCAGGUGAAGGUGUAUUUGAAAUUGUAUCUGAUGUGUUGCAGAGUCAAGACAGAAAAAUUGUUUCGGCUGGGACGGAUAUCGUUAUUCUUUUUCUUAAUCAGGACCCUAACCUAUUGAGGUCAUAUAUUGUCCAGCAAGAAGGAAAUUCUCUUCUUGGACUUUUGGUUAAAGGAAUGGUAACUGACUUUGGUGAGCAAAUGCACUGCCAAUUUCUGGAAAUCCUCCGUAUAUUAAUGGAUUCUUUCACUAUGUCUGGAGCACAUAGAGACGUAAUUAUUGAGAUUUUCUAUGAAAGGCACCUUGACUAUUUGGUUGAUGUAAUAGCAUCCUCUUGUCCUUCGAGGAGUGCUACCCGAACAUCACCUAACUCAGCUCUCGUUGGUGGAAACACUGAAGUGCAUCGUAUCAAGCCAGAAAUUCUGUUAAAUGUCUGCGAACUAUUAUGCUUCUGUGUAGUCCAUCAUCCCUAUAGAAUUAAGUGCAACUUCCUUAUGAACAAUGCGAUAGAGAAAAUCCUUACCAUGACUCGACGAAGCGAGAAGUUUUUGGUUGUUGCAGCUGUCAGGUUUAUGCGCACUAUUAUAUCCAGAAAUGAUGAACAUCUUAUUCGCCAUGUUGUCAAGUUUAACUUGUUGAAACCAAUAAUUGAUGCCUUUGUGGAAAAUGGGGAUAGAUAUAACAUGCUACAAUCCGGAGUACUCGAACUGUUGGAACACAUACGGAAGGAAAAUCUAAAACCUCUUGUUAUUUAUGUUACCGAGUCUUUCUCAGAUCAACUUAUGAAGUUUGAACACUUCGGGAGCAUUCAGGCCUUCAAACUCAAGUAUCAACAGUACUUGGAGAGUGCCGAUAUGAAAUUAAGUGCUAGUGUGCCUGACAUGAGAAAGAAGGCAGAAGGAAGAGGUCUUGAGAAGGAAGAGGAAGAUUAUUUCAAUGAGAGUGACGAGGAAGAUUCAGUAAGGCGGACUAAACAUGCACACAGUGAACAUAAUGAAGAAAGCAAGGAUGAUGUAGCCAAUGGAAGCGAAACUGGUGACAUAUCCUCAAGGCCUAAAUCUGGUGGGCUUGUGGACUAUGCCGAUGAUGAUGACGAGGAUUUCAAUCCGCCACCCAAGGAGCCUGAUAGGCCUGUGGAUGACGAUGAGCUCUUAACUAUAUCCACAGUGAAGCGGAAAUUAGUAAACACGGGGGAUGGCAAACAUGCAGAUGGGGAGGUUCGCAAGAGACAAAAGAUUGAAACAAGGAUUACUUGUGCCAAGAUUUCUGGUUUGACUAAUCUGGCUAGCAAACACAAGGAUUCACUUGCCUCAAGCUCGCCAAGUUGCGAGGCCAAUGGUGUUUUGGGGGAGCAUGCUACACAUUCUGAUGAGCAUCAACAUUCCACAGACACUGCAGAAACCUCACGGCAAGUUGGCGGUGAUUGUAUCAAAGCAAUGGGCAGUUUGUCUAGUGAGAAGGCUGUAAAUACCGCCAAAAUAAACGAUUCAGAGCCCUAUUUAGUGAGAUGACAAAUUGACAGCUCUUCUCCACACUGGCUUGCCCCAGGAUUCGACCGAUCAAUGCUUGCCAACAGGAAGGAACAACAUGUUUUUGGCUCUGGAGAAGGCUGAAUCUAUUAAUCUCAAAUCCAGAAGCAUGAUUCGAGGUGAUGUAAAUCGCACUUCUCUGUAAAUCUUGAAUGAAAUUGCAGCUACCAUCACAGCCUGUAAAGUAAUUCUUCCAGAAGGAAAGAUAUGAAACUGAGAAUUGGCAUGCCUUUCGGUUCAGCAUUAAUCGAGUCACCUCUCUCUCUAUGUAUCUCUUUCUCUCUCUAUAUAGAGAGAGCAGUGAAUAUAUGAAACUGAGAAUUGGCAUGCACUUUCUCCCGUAUUUCUUUCUAGGAUCAUUGGCUGAGAUGUUGAUGUUGUAAAACAAGUGGGCAAGAAUAGUUUCAGUUGAGAGUGAUAUUAUUCAUAUCUUACAGUUGUAAUUUGUCGAUUAGUAGUUUUGGCUGGAUAUACUUUGACUUGGCAUGUACUUUCUCCCGUAUUUCUUUCUAGGAUCAUUGGCUGAGAUGUUGAUGUUGUAAAACAAGUGGGCAAGAAUAGUUUCAGUUGAGAGUGAUAUUAUUCAUA